AUGUCAUCCAAUUACCCUACAUCGCCCAGGCGUCGGGAUUCCCGAUCGCGAAUGCAUCGCGAAUCAGACUCGCGUAGGCGGCGACCCUCUGAUCUCGAGUCGCCUCGACCCAUGCACCACCGGAGAACCAGCAGCCAUACUAAGCCUGAGCCGGAUCCCUAUGUGUCUCGCAUCGCAUCCCCCAUUCCUCGAAUCACAUCGCCUGACGACUAUGAGCCUAUGAUGGGCGCCUCCGACCUGGGCCGCAAGAAGAGUCUGAUCCGUCCCGAGCGCACCAAGGUUGACAGAGACCAUCCGCAAUACCAUUACCGCAAGCACGCCCAGAACAUGUCAGUCAUGCCCUCGACUACUGGUCACGACCCAAUGCUGGAAGAGGCAGAGGCAGAGGCCGCUACUCUCAGUUCCGAUGAUAUCGAAUUGAAGCAGCUCAGUCAGAAGGGUCGUUCCGCCGAUAUGGCCGUAGCAAGAAGCGGAAGCCGCAAGUUGCACCGCAAGGCUACUCUCGAAACUGCUGAAGAGAAGAAAAAGAGACAAAAGCAAGCCGGUGCCAGCCCGCCCACGCUCUGGGGCACUUACUGUCAUCUAGUCACUUUCUGGUGUCCGAAUCCUGUUCUCAAAUGCUUCGGCAUGCCCGAAAAGGCCCAGCAGCAGGCCUGGAGGGAGAAAAUGGGCUUGAUCAGCAUCAUUCUUAUGAUCGCUGCAUUUGUUGGCUUUAUUACCUUUGGUUUCACUGCCACUGUUUGCCCUUCCGGCUCGUCUUCACGCUUCCGUGUCAACAAGGUCGAUUCCGGCUAUAUGAUCUUUCACGGUAAGGCUUACGACCUGACAAGAUCGCAACACCCACAGGCUAGAGGUAUACUGCGAAACCAGAAUGUUCUUUGGGAUCUCGAUGUACCAUAUGGAGGCAAGGACGGCAGCUUCAUGUUCCAGAAUGUCAACGGAGCUUGCAAGGGACUCAUCACCGCUUCCAAGGGCUCCGACGUCAAAACUGACAGCGAAGGCAACCUGGCAUGGUAUUUCCCGUGCAACGCCUUCAACCAGGACGGAUCUAGUGAACCAAACUUGACCAUUCCCUACUAUCUCGGCUAUGCUUGCCACACUUCGAAGCUUGCCCGCACGAACUUCUACGACCUCAAGUCUGGAGGAGACGUAUACUUUACUUGGGACGAUAUCAAGAACUCAAGCCGCAAUCUCAUGGUCUACGGUGGCGACGUUCUUGAUCUCAACCUCCUUAGAUGGUUCAACACUUCCCAAGUCUCAUACCCCUCUCGAUUCGAUGACAUUCGUGAAAAUGCCAAUGUCCGAGGCACUGAUAUGAGUCUAGCCUUUUCUUCAGGCCAAGACAAGAAGAUCGCAAAGUGUUUCCAGGAAAUCAUCAAGGUCGGAUCAAUCGACACGGAAACCGUUGGCUGCAUCGCCUCCAAGAUUGUCCUCUACGUUGCACUUGUCUUCAUCCUGUCGAUUGUUGCAGCCAAGUUCGUGCUUGCUCUCGCUUUCCAAUGGUUCCUUUGCCGCAAGUAUGCCGCCGACAAGACUGCCUUCAGCGGCGAUGAGAAGAAGAGGAAACAGCAGAUUGAGGAAUGGGCUGACGAUAUCUAUCGUCCAGCUCCCAAGAUCGCCGACUCUGUCGCUAACAGCAGUGACCGUGCCAACAGGAGAGGUAGUUUCCUUCCCACCACUUCCAGAUUCACCAGUCCUUAUGCCAUUGAACGCUCCAUGGCGCGAUCACGCCCAGCAUAUACCACGAUGGCCAGCCAAAGCUCAACAGCACGUUUGAUUCCUGGUGCAAGUGUGUAUGGUCAAGGCAACCGUAGCGAGAACACGUUGCAAGAGAGCCGCGCAAGCCUCAUGGUUCCCAACAGCAGUGAGAAGAGGUACUCCAGCGUUAUGGAAUCGGAUGGACCUGGUCCUCACGGCUUCAUUCACGAAGCCGUUGUGCCCCAGCCUCCUCCUGAGUGGCAGCCGUUUGGAUUCCCUCUCGCACAUGCUAUUUGCUUGGUCACUGCUUACUCCGAAGGGCCCGAAGGAAUGCGUACCACUCUUGAUUCCGUCGCCACAACCGAAUACCCCAACAGCCACAAGCUAAUCCUUGUCAUUUGCGACGGUAUCAUCAAGGGUCAUGGUGAGACCAUGACUACCCCCGAAGUCGCGCUGAGCAUGAUGAAGGAACACACCAUCCUUCCUGAUGAAGUCAAGCCUUAUUCGUACGUCGCCGUGGCUAGUGGAUCCAAACGACACAACAUGGCCAAGAUCUACUCUGGAUUCUACGACUAUGGCGAGGAUUCCAUCAUCCCUGCCGAAAAGCAGGAACGCGUGCCCAUGGUAAUCAUCGUCAAGUGCGGCACUCCCGAGGAAGCGACACAAUCGAAGCCUGGUAACCGUGGUAAACGCGACAGUCAAAUCAUCCUCAUGUCUUUCUUGCAGAAGGUCAUGUUUGACGAGCGUAUGACUGAGCUCGAAUAUGAGUUUUUCAACGGUGUCUGGAAGAUCACUGGCAUUUCUCCCGACUUUUAUGAGAUUGUACUCAUGGUUGAUGCCGAUACCAAGGUCUUCCCUGACAGUCUGACCCAUAUGAUCAGCGCCAUGGUUAAGGAUCCUGAAAUCAUGGGUCUGUGUGGUGAAACAAAGAUCGCCAACAAGAGGGCCAGUUGGGUGUCGAUGAUUCAAGUUUUCGAGUAA